AUGCUCCCAGUUCUCGCUCUCCUUGUCGCAAGCAGCGUCGUAGCUGUACCACCUCCCCCUCCUCCUCCCGGCACAACCAUUCUUCCUCCAGGACCACCCCCACUACCAUCAGGAAAACCUCCUGGCCCGCCCAAGCCUCCUGGUCCACCCAAACCUCCUGGUCCACCCAAGCCUCCAGGCCCACCCGGACCCCCAGGAAAUGGCACAGUGAAGCCCACUCCUUACGGCUACUUCACCAACAACACCAUCUACCAGCCUGUAAAGAACGAAUCCGUAACUUAUCCCCGCUUUGUCGAGCUCGACGACGGCACGACCCUCGCCACAACCUCUUUCUCUGGCCACAGUCCUUCCUACUUUCCAGUGUUCGAGAGUAAAGAUGGCGGCGCGACCUGGGAGUACAUUUCCAACUUGACGGACCAAGUCAAUGGCUGGGGCAUGACUGCACAGCCCGCGCUGGCAGUGUUGCAUGAACCCAUGGGCGGGUAUGAAGCUGGAACUAUCCUUGGUUCUGGAAACAGCUGGAGUGACAAUGGCACGAAGAUCGAUUUAUAUGCUAGCCGGGAUCGCGCUAGGACGUGGGAGUUUGUUAGCCACAUUGCUGAGGGUGGGAGACCGAAUACGACGAACGGUGCAACUCCGAUUUGGGAGCCUUAUCUGCUGCAAUACGAAGGCGAGCUGAUCGCAUACUAUUCCGACCAGCGCGACCCCAAGCACGGCCAAAAACUAGCCCAUCAAACCUCAUCCGACCUCAAGACCUGGGGCCCCGUAGUCAACGACGUCGCAUACGACGAGUACCUUGCCCGCCCCGGCAUGACCGUCGUGGACUACAUCAAGCCCAUUGACAAAUGGAUUCUCGUCCACGAACUCCCCGUCGGCAACUCCUCUUCACACGGCGUAAACUACCCCGUCUACUACGUUCUCGCAGACUCACCAAAAGACUUCCGCCUCAACAAAGGUCUUCCCAUCGUCAUCAAUAACCAAACUGCGCCAAAUGCUAGCCCGUAUGUGGUUUGGACGCCGCAUGGAGGCCCUAAUGGAACUAUCGUGGUUUCCGAUGCGGAUCGUGGCCAGGUUUAUACGAACCAGUUUGGUGGUGAUGUGAAUAAGUGGGAAGAGCAUGGCACCCCUGCUGGCGCAACGUACUCGCGUGCGAUCCAGAUUUCGAAGAGAAACCCGAAUCGGUUGAUCAUCUAUGGUGGUGAGACGUUUGAUAACAUGCGACUGGGUUUGUUGACGCCGUUCACGUAUACGGCGGUCAAGCUGAGUGAGACGCUGGUAACGCCAGUCUAA